AUGCCCCCAAAGAAGAACGCUGGGCUUCAACGGCACACUGCCGACAUUGAUGUCACCGCCGUCCCGGCGCGAAGGCAGCGCGGGCGACCACGAAAGAUCAUGGAGGAUGCGCCCAUAGCUUCGCUCAGCUCUCAUCUACCCAAGCGACGUGGGCGUCCGCCCAAAGUCAGGUCAGUCGAGCAAUCGCCUGCUGCAGUCCCUGCAGUCCCGGAGAAGCGUGAUCGACCCCAGGAGAAGGCCCAAGACGACUCGUCAAUCAUCUUGUUAGGCUACUCCAGGCCACCGAAUCCGCAGACGCAACCGGCAGAGAGCGCCCCAGAGAAACAAAGUAGAGGUUUACCAGUCAUUCCAGCUCCCGCGGUUCCCAAGAAGCGAGGCCGACCGCCGAAAGUUGCGCCAGAAUCGGAAGCUCCACCAGCUGAUUCGAUUCCCCUGAUACCGCGAAAACAAGGUCGUCCGCGGAAAGCCAUCACCGAGAAGGAAGCUGCUGCUCCAGCCAUUGCAAUCGCGACGAUACCAAAGAAGCGCGGCCGCCCUUCGAAUGUCGCCAAGGCUGAAGCAUUUGGAAUUACUGCGGCCGUCCCAGUAUCCACGGGCGUAAAGAAGAGAGGCCGGCCUCAGAAGCUCGUCCCGGCAGGUGAGCAACUUCCGCCAGUUGCGCUAGCUCGGAAGCGCGGGCGGCCGCCCAAGGUACCGAUGCAAACUGAGCAGCCGCUCGAUCCGAUACAGGAUCUAGAUCCGGUGGCAGGGGAGCCUACUGAUAAGGGCGCGGUGUCUUCCAUGAUCAUUGCUGAUCCAUUCUCUGACAACGAGGAUGUGCAGCCUGCGAAGCGCAGAAGAAUGCAUCAUAGGCAGAGACCAGGCGUUGUCGAGCCUGUUCCCGAAGACGAGCGGCCAAGCUGGGGUACCAGAUUCGUUGAUGAACUUGGAGAGCAUGCUAAGAUAGGCGAUCGGCGCGGUUCGCCGUCACGGAAGGAGAAUAUUCCGGGGGACAUUGUUGCGGAGUUUGAGGACAGCGAGGACGAGACGUAUCAUACUCCAAAGUCGAGUGGAGUGAACACUCGACACUACCAUGAAGACUCCGUCGUCAGCUUCUUCGAUCCGGACGUUGUAAAUGAUGGAAGCUCACAGGCCGUGAUCUAUGAGGAUGUUGAUAUGGGCGCCAUCGAUGUUGCCGAGCAGGACGUCGAUGGGAUGCGACUUGCAGAAGAGGCGGGGAUGUUGUCGCAAGAAGAGGUAGUUAACCCUAGAGGCGCCCAUCGCGACCAUUGGCCAAGCAAAAUCCAAUGCGAGAAGCGUCCCAUUUCCACCCCGCAAAGAUCCCGCGAAAUUCCAGAGACUCAGGAAGAACAGACAUAUCCCAGAAACAUCCACCAGCUUGCGGAGGUCAGCCAACCUGUGCCAGAUACAGCGCGAACAGCGCAAACCGCCACGACCAGCGUCCAAGCAGAUUCAAGGCCCUCACAAACCUUGCUAGACUACAUCGACCGCCAGACUGCCUUUUUGUCAGUCCCAACGGCACCACUUCAUCCAGUAUACUUAAGAUCUCCGCAGUACCUCCAGAUCGCCGUACCAGACAUUGAUGCCGCAGCUCAUCGGGGGACGCUGAUCGGGCCUUUGGUUGUUCAGCACGACGAGUCUCGAUAUCGCAUUGCAGUGCAUGUAGUGCGAGAGAAGAGACCUGAUAUCGCGUAG